AUGGUGGAGAGAGAAAGUCUCGAGCUUACUCCUCGCGAGAAGCUCCGGCUCAUGAAGAGCCCGCUUAUCGAUGGCGGCUCUGAGAGAGGACAUGAGCUACCGAAUCUCAGCGAAUUUGGGGAUCGCUUUAGUGAUCCCUCCAUACAGUUUGAGAGACAUGAAGAGGCAGGUAUGCUGGAGGUAUUCACGGACCUUUUUUUCGCCGCCAACUACGUCGUCUUUUCGAAGGAGUUGGCAGUCACCAGUAUCGACCGACUCGGAUCUUACGCUGGAUACUUUUGUAUGCUGUGGAUGACCUGGCUUGUCGUUGGACUUUACGAUGUUAGAUUCGUGACGGACAGCAUAUUUGAACGACUUGUCCGAGCUGUUCACCUUGGAGUCUUUGUGGGAUUCGCAGUCGUCGCUCCGAAAUUCAAUCCAAAUGACCAAGACCUGUCUUCAAUGAAGGCAAUGUCCAUCAUUCUAAUGGCCUCUAGGCUGAGUUUGACCGUUGAGUACGCUAGCAUCUUAUGGCAUGUGAGAAAAUUCAAGACCGUCCACAUCCCAUUCUAUAUCCAGAUGUCCAUCCAUUUUAUCGCAGCAAUGAUAUAUCUCGGCAUUACAUUCCGCUUCAGCGAAGACAAAGAGAGCCGGGUAUUCAUUACGUGGUAUAUCGUUGGUGCCUUGGAGGUCGUUUCAACACUUGGGUUAUCGAUUGGGUUCUCUAUUCUCAGCCUUGCAAAGACUCACUUGAUGAAUCGUAUGAGCCUUUUGACGAUUGUCAUUCUCGGCGAAAGCAUCGUUGCUCUGGCUGAAAAAGUGGUCAUUAUUGUCGAAGGUCCCGAUGCCUGGGAUGCUACUGUUAUUGGAAUCCUGACUGCUGGCGUGGCAACGACUUACAUGCUGUUCUUGAUCUACUACGAUUGGAUGAAAACAGCCUAUCUUCCUCCUUUGCGCCAAGUACUAUGGACGCUGCUUCAUUUCCCGUUCCAUCUCGCGCUCGUCCUGUUCAUGCAGGGAUUCACUCAGUUUAUUCAGUGGUCCAAAGUGAUAGAUGUCAUUAACCACUUAUCAUUCAACUGGAUAGUCGAUGAUCCAAAAGCACUUGCUGAUACCACUAGUGUCGAGGUGCAGAAGAACAUAACGGAAGAGCUUAGCGAAUUUUUCGAACUUUACCACCCUGAAUACUCAGAUACAGAUGAACUCAUUAACGAUGCACUGGCCAACAUAACUAGGAUUCCUAAUGCCUUUUGGCCUAAGCUGUCAAAGUACUGGCUUGUGGCAGACUAUAAUCUACCAAACGAUACCAACACAAAUCUGUUUUACAACAUUAUGGAGUCUCUCCAGACUGCAAUGUACAACAGCAUAUUCCAAACUUUUGAAAUUGAUCUCGAAGGAGAGAUUAGCAAAGAAAACGAAGAAACUGGCGUUGAGGACAACUCAUCCAAUGCCCAGUUUGCAUCACAGGUUACCGACGAGACCUUGGAUCGCUAUUUCCUAGUGUUCACCUAUGGCUACAUCGCCGCUGGGUGCUGCCUAGGACUCAUGUGCCUUCUGGCAGUCGUUGCCAGAGUUACUCCUUGGAAGCCCUGGCCUGUGAUUCGUACAAUCAUCAUCUUCCUCUUAGCUCUGGGAAUGGGUCUCGUUGCACUGCUCAACCUAAACAACGACAAAUUGUCUGCCUAUCUCAACACCCCAUGGCUGCUGCCCACGCUCUGUAUUGCCUGGGCCGUUGUUCUCUUCCUCACGCAUAUCCGCCACGACGCCCCGGUGUUCUUCAAAAGGCACGGUCCCAUCCCCAUGCGCCGGGGAUCUCGCGAGGACAAAAUGAGCCACGAGUCCGAACACACACAGCCCAUGGUCAGCAACAUGGACGGGUCAACCUCCUACAGCGGAGCGGCAGGAAUGCCUUAUGAAUAUCAGCCUGCGCCUCAAACUCACCCCAACAACGAUUACGUUUAA